GUUUAUCUUUUAUACGUGCACUAAAACGUUUUACAGACCAAGCGUGUUCUAGACUACGAAAAAAAUCGACAUGAGCGACGGCAAAGAAAAAGAGAAGAAACCCGACUUAGGUUUAUUAGAGGAAGACGAUGAAUUUGAAGAAUUUCCAGCAGAGGACUGGACGGGAGCAGAUGAGGAUGAGGAAGAUGUAAAUGUUUGGGAAGAUAACUGGGAUGAUGAUAAUGUAGAAGAUGAUUUCUCACUACAACUCAGGGCGGAACUAGAGAAACAAGGGAAGACUAUUGAAGGACAAGAGCCCAUGAAGACCUAACAUAAUCUCAUUAACAUUGAAUUCAUUUGUUUCAUUUUCUUUAUCAUGUUGUCAUUCUGAUAAAUUGCAUUUAGUAUUAA